AUGCAUAAAAAUUAUUUACCAGAAAUUCAUUAAUCACAUUCAACUCAUCAUUUAGAAUCAAAAUACAAACAAAAAAUUUAAUCAUCUAACUCUUCAAUUGAAUGGGAUCAAUUAAUCAAUACAUCAAUACCUAACUCAAUUAAAGUUCAAGUAAAUUUAAAAGCACCAGGUGCUAUUAAUUUAUCUAAACUUGUUCCAUCAUCUGAUGUUUCAUAUCUUAAAUCCACUAAAAGAAAUUUUGCAAAGCUUGGAACUAAUAUCUAUAAAGAUCCUGAACUAUAAUAAACAGUAAAAUAUAUAUAAACUAUUUUAGAAAUACGAUAAAGGUAUGUAAUCAUUUUAUAGUACACUGUAUCGUAAAUCUUCUUCAAGAUUGCCAUUUAAUACUAAUUUAGAAAAAGAGCCUUUCUCUGGUCGUUUAUUAGAUUUCACUGAAAUUUUUUAAGAUAAUAAAAAAGCUACAGGACUUUAGAGAUACUUCUCUGAAAUCUUAAAACUAGAAAUGUAAUAAAAUCAUUCAGAAAAAGAAAUGGUUCCUCCAAAUAGACAAUAAGCUAUUGACUUAAAAGAAUGGCUAUUUAUGAUGAUAGCAUACACUAAACAAGAAUCUUUAAAUAUAAACACAAGAGAAUUAGCAGAGAGAAUUCAAUUGAUUUAUGCUUCUUGUUUAAGAGAAUUGAUUAAGUAAUUUAUAAUCAUUAAAUAGAUAAGUUAGUAUUGAAUGCACUGAAAGAGGAGAAUUAUUAUAAAUUGUAUGGGAUUUCUAUGUUGAACUAAUUGGUUAAAUAAUUAAAUGUUAUUCUGAACAAUAAAAAGAAUCAGAAAAAUCAUAUAUAGAAUAAAUGUAAAGGAUUUAAAAAUUUCAUGAUUCAUAAAUGGAAGACUAAAAAAUUAAAUAUUAAUAAUAUUAAGAGGAAAUCUAAAAAAUUAAAAAUGAAACUACUGAUACAAUUGAUGAACAUAAUUUAACAAAAGCAAAAAUGCUAUUAUUAACAGCUGAUAUGAGAUAGUUAUUAUAAACUAACGAAGCCUAAAAAAAAGAAAUAGAUUCUCUACUUUUAUAAAUUAUGCUCUUACGAACUUAAGAUUAAAGCGAUAAAAAAUAAUAAGAAAAUGAAAUAAUCAAUGUUAAUUUAUCUCAAGGAUAAAGCAUAGUAUCUCAUUUAUUAAAUUAUAAAUAAACAACUACUGAUUAUAAAUUUAAAAAAAGUAGAGUUAAAGAUACAAAUUUCGAAAAAUUUGAAUAGCUAAGAUAACAAGAAUAAUAAUUGAAGUCAGAAUUAAUAGAUUAAUAAAUUUUAGAACCUGAUAUUGAAUACAAUGAUUAAGAAGUACAAGCAAAUAUUGAAAAUUAAGAGUAAGAAAUUUAAACGGACUUAGAUUCAAUUACUUUAGAAGUCUUGGAAAAAAAAUUAUAAGAAUAGGAUUUAAAAAUUGAAAAUUUUGAAAAAGCAUAAGAAUAAGAAGAAUAAUAAUAAAUAUAAUAAUAAUUAUUAUAAGAAUAAUAAAAACAAAAUGAUUAAGAAAUUGAAAAUAAUUAAAAUUCAACUUAAAUAUAAAAUCAAUAGUUUGAUUUAAAUUAAAGUUUAUUUGAAACUUAAGUGCAAUAAGCUAUAUAAUUAAUCUUAAAUUCUUAAUUAGAUUAAAAACAAUUAAUUUGUGAUAUUCUUAAUCAAUCUAUAUCUUAAAAUCAGCAUUUAUCAUAAAGAAUAGCUAUAUUAGAAAGAGAAGAAACUAUAUAGAAAAUUGAAUUGAUGGAAAAAGAAGAUUUAAAUUAAGAAUUAGAAUCUAAAUUAACUUAAGCUGUUUCAGAUUUUAUUGAUAUAAUAAAAAAAAAAAAAAAACAGAUUAAUAAUUUAUUAAAAUAAAAAUCUACUCUUUAAGAAACACUUAAUUAAGUAGCAUCUACUCAUAAUAUAUAAAUAAACAUACCAGAGUUUAUUGAUGAAGAAUUCAAUAUAUCAGAAUAAAAUGAUUUAGAAGAAUCAUAAGAAAAUUAGUAAGAAAUAGAAUAAUCUUAAAAUUUUGAUUAAGAUGAUGAUUUAAGAAUUGAUGAAUAUGAAGAAUUAGAAUAUUAAUUUACAGAUAGAACCAGAAAUUAAGAAAAUGAAGAAACUAAUAAAGCCAAAGAAUAAUUAAAGAAAAUAGUUAAUGCUAAUGAAGGUAAAUGAUAAUAAAAUAUAAUAGAUUCUUAAAUUAGAAACUAAUAAUAAUAAUAAUUUAAUUAAGAGGAAGAUAAAGUUGAUUAAAGUAUUCGUCAAAACACUUAAACUAGUUAAUAAAAUACUCUCUAAUAAUUAGAUAGCUAAACGACAGUUAACUAAAAGGAUAAAAUCUCUCAUAUUAAAUAAAAAAAUUAAAUGUAAAAUUCUCAAAAUACUGAAAAAUAAAAAAAAACCUAAAACAAUUCAUCUAAUGCAUCUAAAAAUUUGGAAAAUAAGGCUGAAAUAGAAAGAAAAUAAUUAUAAUCAGAUUUAAUAUAAAACUCUGAUAAAAAAAAUUAAUAAAAUAAUAGUAGCAAUUAAAAUGUAAAUUCUCAAACAAAACAAAAUGAAAAAGCUUAAAAAUCAUAAACUUAGUUUACAAAACCUGAAAUAUAAUAAUAACCAAUUUAAUAAACUUCUAAAUAAGUUUAAUAAAAGAAAUAAUAAAUUAUAUAAGAAAAUUUACAAAGUUAAAAUUACAAAAAUUCAUUAUAAGAUAAAGAUAGAAAAACAGUUAAACAGUUAAAUUUAGAUUAAAAUUAAGGAAAUUCAGUAUAAUAGGUUUAAAUGAAAGAGUAAAGUGACUAAAAUUAUUCAAUUAAUAAUAACCCUUAAACUACAAAAAAAAGGAAUUCAAAAGCAUAAAAUUAAGAAAAAAGUAUAAGCAUGACAUAAAAUGAUGAAUCAAUCUCAGAGGAUUUAGAUCUUGAAUCAUCUUAAAUUAUAACAAAUAAUCCUUAAGGUGAAAGAGUUAAAUAAGUGAUUAAUCAAUAUAAAGAUUAAAAAAAUAAAAAUAGGAAUAAAUUUAAUCCAAUAGUUCUAGAACCUAAAAAUUAAAAGAGAUUUCGUAGAAUCUAUAGUUAAAAUACUGAUGUUGCUAAUAAUUUAUUAAAUGAAUUAAAAUCUAAAAAGAAAUAAAAUAAGAAAAUCUAAUUUUCUAUUUUAUAAUUAUAAAAAUUAGUAAUAUAAAUAUUGAGUGAUAUUUGCAAAUAAGCAGAAGGAUAUAAAAUUCCUUUUCAUGUUUGCAUUUAUGAUUAUUUUAAAAAUAAAUAUGGAUUUAAGUAGGUGGCUGAAAAAAAAAUUAAAUAGGUUUAUCAAUUUAUUUAUUAUGAAAAAGCCAAUCACAUCAAAGCAAAAUUAUUAGCUUAAUUUUGUUAUCUAACUGGAGAAAUGGAUGAAAUAGGAUAAAAAUUAUUAACUGAAAGUUAUUAAUUUUUUUCAUCAAAAAAUGACUUAAACUAUGGAAAAGUAGAAUUACUAUUAAACUAUGAAUAAGUAAGUGAAUUUUUAAGUGAAAAAUCAUCUAGAUGGCUUUAAUAAUAAUAAAUAUAAUAACUAUUACAUCAAUAUAGAAGUUAAUAAUAAAAUAAUUAGAGAUAUUAUAUCAAUCAUGAUAAUUUGUUAUUAAAAAUAUUAGAAUGUUAUUAUAGUAACAAAAAAGAUUAAUAAACAAUUUUAGAAUCUUUAUUUAAUGCAGCAGAUUUAGAUGGAAACAAAUUAAUAGAAUUUUCAGAAGUAAGCAAAAAUUAUAAUAAAUUAGUUCAAAACUCUACACAGAGCAAUCCAUUAAGAUAAAUUAUCUAGAACAUAAUUAUUAUAAAUUUUUACAAAUAAUGCAGACUUUUAAGACGAAAAUGGCGAUAAAAUGUUGACUUUAUCAAGAUUUACAGAAAUGUCUAUUGAACUAGGAAUAUUUCAAAAAGAACAUGUAUUAAAAUAUAGUGAGGGAAGUGAAGAAUUAAUAAAUAAAUGGGAAAAAGAAAAGUCAAAUAUUAAAUAUAGGUAAAAUAUAAAAUGUAUUAUUUUAUAUAGAUUUUUGAGAGCUAAAAAAUUUUAAAAGGUUCGUCACACAUUUUAAGAGUUAGAAAGCUAAAUUAAAAAUUAAGAGAAAGAUAAAUAAACAAUAUUAUGGGUAAGUUAUAAAUUAUUAAAUGAAGAAUCACAAAGAGUUUUAUAAAAGUAUUGAUUGAUAAUUAAAUUUAGUUAUGAGACGAAUCAGUGUUUAAAUGAGCUCUUACCAGAGUUGUAUUUGAUAAUGUAAUAAAAUAAAGUUAUUGAAUAAUUAGAAUGA